CAGGUAUACGCCUAUAACCGUUUUGGUGGUGCCCGUAGGCGACGGCUUCGACGCUCCAGGAAAAUUCUUGGCCAACUGGAAGCCCACGACGCGAUUUCCUUUGGCACUGUUCGUGCCGACAACGGUGAGGAGGACGUGUGGGAUGGCGAGGGCGAGAAUGGCGCAUAGGGUGGCGAGGGCGGUAGAUUCUCUGCCGCUCGUGCUCGCAAUGCUGAUCUUGUCGUUGUCCAUUCACUUCCUCUACCGACACUCGCCAACGAUCCACUAUACCCCCAAGAGCCGACUCUUGAUCUUAGACCUCGGUUUUGUUCUCUUUGCCUGCGGCGCCUCCGUAACUUGCCCACCGCAAUCUUGAAAUGCUUCCAAUUGCGGGUACACCGAUCGCCGUGGAGGGUGUAUGUGAUAGCCUUGAGCGUACAAAAGGACGCUGUAGUGCCGCGCAGCCUUACGCCAGAACUUGUACCAUCUCUGAGCCUCCACAUGCGCCCUGGGGCGGUGCAAUAGGCGAGAAAUACGCGGGUCGCGAAAUCGUCAGGUAUUCUUGCCAGUAAGGCUGCCAUGGUAUGCGCAUGAUUGCGCAGGGCUAGACGUCGGCGAGAGUAUGUUGAUGGGGAAGGUAUUGGUGAUGGCGCUGCUUGCG